AUGGAAUCCCAUAAGCAUAACAGCGAUGAAUGCUGUUGCAAGUCCAAUACAUCAAGUGUCCAACAGUCAUUACCAGAAAUGGACUUUGAACGAGGAAUUUGGUAUGCAGCUCAAACGGGCGACUACGAACGACUUGAGAAAUUGUUAAGAAAAGGUGUCUCGCCGGAUAUUGAAGAUUCUGCCGGCUACACGGCUUUGCAUUAUGCUGCUCGCAAUGGUCAUGCUAUUGUUUGCAGAGAACUUUUGAACAGAGGAGCUAAUGUAAACGCGCAAACAAGAUCUGGUCGAGCUACAGCAUUGCACAGGGCUGCUUCUCAAAAUCUACCAGAUAUCAUAAAACUGCUAUUGAGUUUUAAGGCUGAUCCGAAUUUAGUGGAUGCUGAUGGAAACACGGCAUUGCAUCGAGCUGUUAUCACAAAUGCUAGUUGCGCGUGCGAGGAAUUAUUAAAAUCAUGCAACUCCGGCAUUGUAAAUAAGAACAAUAAGACAGUAUAUGAGAUUGUCAAAGCAAAGGGACAGGAAGACUUGAUUAAGCUAUUUCAAAAGACUGGAAUGCAAUGA